AUGGAAGAUAUGUGCAAAGCCGCUGACGGCAGUUUUCUUCAAAUCGAAAUACAGCGUUCUGUUCAGUGCCAGACACCGGCCGCUGGUCCGGGUCCGGGUCCGGGUCCGGGUCCGGCGAGUGCCACCGUCGCACGACAAGCCAAACGGGACGUAGAUGGAUGGUGUGAUUUGUUUCCUCGUCGCCCGAUCGUCAACAGCGAUCGAGACUCACUGUCUAAAUGUUACCCGUGA